AUGUUCAAGCUAAAAGGGAAGAAAAAAAAUAAUACAUUAGAUAAUGAAAUUAUUGAGAAUGGGGAUUCCAGUUCUAGUGGGAAGAAAAAGAAAAACAAAAAUAAGAAUAAGAAUAAGCGAACUGGUGAGGACAGAAAAUAUUCUACAGAUAAAAAUGUUUUAAACAAUGAAAAAAAUAAAAACGAUAAAGAUAUAUUAGAUUCAGUUGAAAUAAAUGAUACAGGAAAUAUAAUUAGUGAUGAUCCAAAUGAGAAUUAUGGAAAAACAUGCAAAAAACAAAAUGGAAAAAAUAAAUUUGUUCAUCUUUUACCAGUAUUUUUUAUAUUUAUUUUAUUGUUCGGAAUAUACUUUAUAUAUAUAAUGUAUGAUUGUAUACCAUUAGUUGUUAGAAGUUACAAAAAGGUGUACAUAAAUUAUGAUAUGAACUGGGGAAUAGUGAAGAUGUCUAUUUUUCACUUUUUUUUGUUAAUGUUUUUAAUAAAUUAUAUAUUAUCAAUAGUGACUCCCCCUGGUUAUAUCCCAAAUACAGAAGAAUGGGUGUUUAAAGAUUUUGGGGAAAAUAAUUCAAAUGAUAUAGAUAAUUAUUUAAUAGAAAAAAAGAAAACAGGUGAAAGACGAUUUUGUAAAUGGUGUUGUAAAUAUAAACCAGAUAGAGCACAUCACUGUCGUAUAUGCAAAACAUGUAUUUUAAAAAUGGAUCAUCAUUGUCCUUGGAUAUAUAAUUGUAUUGGAUAUAAUAAUCAUAAAUAUUUUAUGUUGUCCUUAAUAUAUUGCUCGAUUACUACGAUUUUUAUUUCACUAACUAUGCUUAAUAGUGUUAUUGAAGCUAUAAAUCAUAAUGAGACUCCUUUCAAUGAUUUAUUUUUGCUAUUAUUUGGAGAAACCCUAAACUCGUUCCUUGCUUUGAUUGUUACAUGCUUCUUACUUUUUCACUUAUGGCUCACAUUUAAGAAUAUGACAACAAUUGAAUUUUGCGAGAAGAGGACAAACUACCACAACCAGUCUUACUCGAAAUUUUAUAACAAGGGGUUAUAUAAAAAUUUAAAGGAAGUUUUUGGAGAAUCGCCCUUUUUAUGGCUUCUUCCAAUAAACAAUAAGAAAGAUGAUAUAAUAUAUUUCAGUAAAGGGAAUAGCAAAGAAUAUGCUGCUAAUAAUAUAGAAGAGACAAUACCAAUAAAUAUAAAUAUUUAG